GUAAAAAUGAAAACACUUUGUACUUUUUUUUCAACGUUUUGACCACAAUCUCACAGACGAAGUCAAAAGGUGACACCUGUCACCGUGGUCUCGAGCCCGGCAACAUUGGCAGGAAGGGAAGGCGGAGUCGCUGCGUCUGCGCUGACAUCUCGCCAGCAACCCGGUAGUAUGCGCCGCCGACCAGCGAUGUAAAGCGAGCUGUGUGGCUGCUGAAGAUUUGGCUGAAAUCAAACGGUAGAAGAAGUCAGAACAUUGGUGAAUAUGCUGCGAAGAGAUGGUGAUAAAAUGCUUGCUACAAUUGUUCACAACACGUCAGAAGCACUGGAUCUGUGUCCAAUCCAUUGUCUUUACCUGACGCCCAUUGCCAAACUGGCAAUUACAGUGAUGCUUCCAGAGCUAAAGGAGCCCGGCAAGGUGUGCUCAAACUGGGAGGUGAUGGCCAAACUCAAGCAGGUGGUGCAGCCGUACCAGUUCAGUGCUCUGCGAGUGGCCAAGAGCAGCAUACAGUUUAUUCACUUUGAAGGAGAACUCGAAACCAAGAGCCUGGUUUACAUCUUACAGAGCAGACUUCAUGGCAAGACCAUUGCUGUGCCAGGCUUCUCUGAACCAUUGAAAGUCCAGGCCAAAGAAUCUUUUGUGGACUUCCCUUCCCAGCCAGAAUGGGAGGCCUUCUUUAGAGCUCCUGAAAGCAUAAUAGACACAGUUCAUGUGGAAGGACUUCCAUGUAAGUGGUUUGCUUGCAAAGUGUCCAACAGUGAGAAGCCUUCUGAAGAAAUUGUCCAAGAAGUGUUUGAAAAGUUUGGAACCAUUCGAAAGAUGGAUAUUCCUAUGCUGGAUAUGUACCGGGAGGAGAUGUACAGUCGCAACUCCCUUAACAGCUUUGGAGGGCUUCACACAUUUGACGUCUACAUUCAGUAUGAAACGGAAGAGGAUCUUUUCCGGGCAAUGAAAUCACUGCGAGGAAUGAAACUUAUGUUAAAAGACGAUGAUGGGAAGGCUUUGGCAUGCAGCCUAAAGGUAACAUUUGACACAACAAACCACUUGAGCGACGCUGCUGUUGAGAGACGACAGCAGGAGAAGCAACAGCUCAAAAACCUGGAGGACCAGAGGCAGCAGGAGAAGCUCAGAGAAAAAGAGGAGGAAGAGGCCGAAAGUAAAAGAAAGGCAGCUCAGCACCUUCUUAGAAGGCAAAGAAAACAGAAGAAAAGAGAGCAGAGGCUAAAACAGCAACAGGAUAACCAUCAUGUUGAAAAUGUGAAAUGUGAAGAUACGGAAGAACCUGACGUGACACAGGACAGUAGGUGGGAAGAGCGGAAGUUUGUACUGGCUCUGAGACGACUACAGUCCAUAAAGCUUCUUGCUGUGCUGUUUGAAAACAUUCAGAAAUCUAUAAACAAGCUUCCCAAGUCAGGAGAAAUGCCAAAAGAAAAAAUGGAAGAAAAGGAAGAAGAAGCCCAACAGGUUCCAGAAGAGCCCAGAAAACUGUCUCCCAGUGAUAAUGACGACAGGACUAAUGCUGAUGGAGAUUUGUCAAGUAUACCACACCAGUCGUCGGUUGCUCUUGUUAAGAGUGCCACUCGCAAUUAUGAGAGCGAUAGCCUAAAGGUAACAAUCAAGCAAAACCACGAAGAUCGAGACAUAGCCCAGUCGUUCAAACGUUACAUGGGCAUGCGUGUUCAAAUGAGCUACGUCCCCCCACAAAGCAAUUUGAACAGAUCAGGUAAACGAGAGAAGAUUUACGAAUCUGAAGAGUUCCUGAACUAUUUGUUAAAUUAUUACUCUUGUCCCAGCUAUGCUCGCCUUUGCCACAGCCUUCCAGCACCUAAGGAGCAGACUGAAGGUUGGCAGAGAAUGGUAUGCAGCAAUGGAAAAAACUUCCAGAUUAGCUUACGGAACACAGAUGGGAAUGUUAGCACCAAAGCUGGUAUCUACCAAAAUGGAGGUCACGUAGCCUUCAGGAAGGAAGACCAGCACAUGUGGAAAUUUACUUUGAAAAGGGUGGAAACCAACUCUUUUGAUUUGGACAAUGAUGGGAUAAUCAUGGGAAACAACAGAGAUGUUUCUGAACAGUGCAAAAAAGCAAGGACUUUCAAAGACAUGGAGGAGAUUCAGCAGUCAGAUUUAGCAUAUGGCAAGAAAAGAGCUUGCACACCGGAGGCUUUAAUGUCAGUACACUCGGAGAAAAUAAAAACCAGCUCAACUGACGAGGUCAAGGCAAACAUUGGUGUCAGAAACGACUGGGAAAAUAUAAAUAUUUCAGGUAAGAUAAGGAAAAAAAAAGGAUCACAAAGACAUUCAAAACAAAGUAAGGAGCAGAAUGACAAAGUCAGAGACAAUUGGCAUGAAGAAGAUGGUGACGUCUUCCCAGCAGGCGAGAGCUUCUCGGUAAAACCACCUCUACAGGCAAAACGAGAGAAGGUUUUGAAAAAGAAAAAGAAAAUGCAUUCCUUCAAUGAAGCGGGGAUGGACCAACUGUGUCCAAAAAUCAAGAAAACAAAAAGCAAAAAAAUGGAACAUCCAUGCAAAGAAAAGGAUGUGGAAAAGAAAGAAAGAAAGAAACGCAAGAACUCACGACAUGACAAAAACGAGCCCAAGCACAAGAAGAGAAGGGCAGACAAGUCGAGGUCUACAACGAAAGGCAAAAGGACGCUGGAUCAACGCACAGAACUUUACCACAAUCCCAAGUAUCUGUGGGAUGAAUCGGCAAAUGGUCAGAACUACUUUCAGAGUUUUGGGUCUUUUAAUUAUUAUCAUGAGGAAAUGAGACAGUGGCUGCCAACAAACUGUAAGGAGCCUAGUGACGAGAACAGAGCGUGUGCAAAAAGCAGGUUUACGCUGAAACAUGCCACCCAUCAGCCUGGGAAAGCACCUCUGGGCAGAAGAACCUCUAAUAAAAUUUCAAAGUGAGGAGGAACUCGAUCCAAAGGAAGAAUGUUCUGGAAAGGAAAGAUUAAUAUCACCACAGAAAGUGAAACCCUGAGGUUUCAUUCAUUUUUUGAGCUCAUUAAUCAGUCUGUUGAAAUUAAAUAAAAAUGAGCGUUGAAGCUUACUUGGUUUUGUGAUGUUGGUCUUCAGGUGUCACUCCUGCGUUCCUGCUGUUGGGUUUGGCUUCACACUCCAAAAUGAAGCAGGGAUCCAAAAAUGAAACGUAAACUUCAACCAUGUCUUUCAGGUACAUUCAAUCAGUGCACGAGUUCUGAACUGUUCUUGCUCCUUCUGCCAAGUUAAAACUGAACAGAUAUAAAGAUUAUGGAGAGCAUCUCGUCGUCAGUCAGAUUUCAACCCUUUUCCAGCAUUAACGGAACCGGUUUGUAUUUUGGUCUGGUCAUUUGAACAGAUUGUGCCACAUUUAUAGAAAAAGAAAGGUGUCCAUAAUCAGGAAUGGGGUGGCCUGUGACACUGGAGGAGUAGGAUGAACGAUGGCUGGCUGGCAUUCAGCUGCUUUUUUUUUUACCUGUGAUGUCCCACUACAUUGCAUUGGUGUUGGUGACAAAUGUGAAAAAAUGUCAUGACAUCGGAAAUCGUUGAAUUGGUCACAACGCCACAUAUGUUUUCACUCACUUUCUAUCCACUCGUCCUCGUGAGGGGUGUCACUGCGUUGGCCUAUCCAGGUCAGCCUGUCCCCAGCAAUGGGGUCCGACUCCCCCAGGAAUCUCUAGUCCAGGUGAGGGCAGGAAUCUCCGCAGAGUGUCCCGAGUCUGCCUUUAACAUGUUGUUAACUUGAAGUGCCUUUUUAUAAGAGAGAAAAGAGUUUUGUACAGUUUUCUUUAAAAUAUUGAAAUAAGUAUUUAUAAAUAUGA